CCCUGCGUCAGUUCGUCAGCAGCGGCGGUUGCCUUGGGAGCGUAGACACCAAAGUACACACAUGUAACUUAGUCGAGGCGUCCUGCUCUCCAGGAAUGUGACACGCUACAGUCGUUGGAUUAAGCAGAUAGGACAAUGAGACCAUAUUUCUGAGACUACAAGUAUAAUUAGAUUAAUUUAAAGGCAGAAAUGUCUGUGCAGCACCGCGUGGUCCAGCUGUCAGGCGCGUCGCUCGCUGUUGUUCUCUGUUGGGACGAGGACCGCAAACACGGCGCGAGCAGCAGCAGCGGACAGGAUGUGUUUGCGGACUUUAAAUCGCAAAAUUCGCGAAGCUUCUGGAAUAAAAGACUCGUGAAAGCAGUGUCGGAAGUUUCCUUCCAGGGAUGGCUGGAGAACUCCGUGCUUCUCGUCCAGGGCAAUGCUAAUAACCUGGAGGUGUUGAGGGAAGCGUGGAUGCGCAGGGCGCUGAGGUCGCCCCGAGGAUUCAGCAUCAGAGCAGUCGGUGAUCUGUCCCCUGUGCAGAUGUCACCAAUUUCCCAGUCUCAGUAUAUUCCACUGUCUGAAAUACUGUGCUCUGUCAUAUCGGACAUGAAUGCCGCCAAUGUGGUUGUUAAUCAGGAAGCAUUGAUCAAUCACAUGAUGAAAGCACACCCAGGAAUGACCAUUCCCACUCAAGAUAUCCUGUACAGUGCUCUGGGAGCUCUUAUCAAAGAGAGGAAGAUCUAUCACACUGGUGAGGGCUACUUUGUAGUCACCCCUCAAACAUACUUCAUUACCAACAACAUGGUGAAAGAGAGGAAUUGGUGGAGUGCUGGCGACAAUGACCUGCCAUCACCUCCUCCCAUCACGUACCUGGUGAGUAAUGAGAGCUGCAUGGACACCUCUACUGAGGUUCCUGUCAUGGCCCACUGUAAGUCCUGUAGCUGCUUCACCUCUCCGUCCAUUGUACUGCCGUCUGUCCAAGAUCACCAAUCCAUCAACAUCAGUGAGUGUGCUGGUAAAAGCCUCAAGUGGCCCAAAGAACAAAAACCUUCGAUUCAGCACCAGUCCACGUCUACUGCAGAUUACCAGCCCAGUGAGAUUAGUAAAUCCACCAACACAAGCCGCAAGGACAAGGAGAAGGCUGGACGCAAAUUUGGACUUAACCUCUUCCGGCGAAACACGGGGAAAAAGGAGAACAAGUCGAAGAAAGAAUAUGCCACAUUCUCUGGACAAUUCCCACCGGAGGAAUGGCCUGUCAGGGAUGAGGAUGACUUAAACAACCUCCCCAGAGAUCUAGAACAUGCCAUCAUCAAACGGAUCAACCCAGAUCUGACAGUAGACAAUCUAGUGAAACACACGGUUCUUAUGAAGAAGCUUGAGGAGAAACCUGAGAGAGCAAUGGAGAAAGCUGUGGACAAGGGCAUUUCCACCGAAGCUCUUCUGUCUAUCCAGAGGCAUCAUACCUCAAAGCCUGUGGGGAAGAAAUCAGCCCCUAGAGCUACUCGCAGCAGGAGAAGAGUACCUACAUCCAAAGAGAAACAAAGGGCAAAGUGUAGAACCUUGCAAUGUGCUGAAGAUUUAGAGGCAGAUGAUCAAAUUCUAUCUCACCACAGACCAGAGUUGGCUUUGGAUGAACCUGACAAUCAGGAAGAAAGUACCAAUCUGAAUCCCAAAUGUGUUUACAAGAAACGGAUAGAUAACCCGUUUCUGGGAUUGCCAGGAAGAGAUGUGGAAACAAACAUCAGCCAUAAAGAACAAAAGAGGAGGGAAGCCAAGAUUCCAACCUCCGGACGACGGGAAAGACCAGGUCACAGGUCAAAGUCCUGGGAUCCUCACCGGCCCAAAGCAAUGGCUGACAGUGUGGAGAAAUCUCACACACUGAAGGACGCAGUCUGUGAACAGCUCCAUGAACGUGCACCGACUGUAGACUCCACGCUGGAUGUUCAACAAGUUCAAGAGCUUUGUGAGGAUUACAGCUUGGCGUACCCUGAGAGCAGCACUUUGAGGAUAGAGGACAAAAUUAGGUUGAGAGAGAAUAAAGUCCGAAGCAGGGAGUUCAGACAUGGCAAAGUAAAAGAAAUUAAACAUCAGGGUGGAGACUUGAGAAAUGUUCCUGACCGAAAGAACAUUGACGAUCAUGCAACACAUUGUGGUACAACAGAAGUACCCCUCUUGUGGCCUAAACCUACAAACCAACGUAGACUUUCCCUACAUCUACUUAACAGUAAAGAAGAGUCAAAUCACCGUCCUGAUCUGCUGUCCUCACACCAGAAAAUUGUCAAUAUUACUAGCCUUCAGCUGUCAGAUGGUCAGACACUGGCCAGAAACACAAGCCAGACUGAGAGUGAAGUUUAUACAGAUGAUGAAUAUCGCAUCUAUCAAAAGACAGUGGAGGAUGAAGAUGGAUGUAGCUCUGUGUGCCUGCAUGAGGAAUGCGUUGACUGUGAGAUAUCACAGACCGGCAAAGCUCGUUGCCAUGAGCCUGUCUGUGCAGAUGGUGGUUGGGAUAAACAUUUCAUAGAGGAACAUGCUCAUCGAAAACCCACCAGAGCCACAUACAAGUCGAAUGAGUACAGUUGGCAGUCUUCUAAUCACCAGAUCCUUGAGAAAAGUGCUAACUCCAAACAAGAAAUCCAGGGUCUGAGGAAAAGACCACAAGAAUUCAGUUUGGCAGUUGAUGAACAUACCGAAGCCCUGGAAAGCAGCAUUUUUGACUACUGUCAAACAAGUGAAGUGGAGUCCAAUUCUGAGACCAUACAUAAAUCUGCAGAUGAAGCAGAUGCUGGCAAAUCUGACCACUGGAUCUGUCACCCAGAAUUAAAAGACUGCCAUCAGAGAACAAAUGAGACAUCUGAGGAUGCUGGCAACAUCAUUGCAAGCAUAAAUGACCCUACAGGGGCUUGUGCAGGAGAAACCACAGAGAGUCAAAGCUGCACAGCUGAUAGUGGGAUUGACUCUCCAAGGACACAUAUGAGUGUAACCUCCAGUAACUCAGCAAUACUUAAAGGACUGAAGGAUCGUGGUUUCCUUCAGAACCUUGAAAAGCUCCAAUCCAACGGCAUUCACCCUCAGAGUUCACUCAAACUUACACCUGUCAUGAAUGUUUAAACGAAUUAAAAUGUAGCUCAGCAUCGGGGUAUAGUUAUAUGAUGUAAAAAAUGUAUAUAACCCAACAAAUGUAAAUAUAACAUCCCACCCCCUCAUGAAAAAAAACAUGAACUGAAUGUAGGUAGUGCAUGUAUGUACUUAAUUUGUUACAGUUUUACAUUUAUAUUAACAUAUUAAAAAUGUUAAUGUUUUUUUCCUGAAAAUUUUUUUGUACAUGGAUUCUUUGUAGUUUAGAGAGAAAGUCUGAAUGUUAUGGGGAACAAUCAAUCCUCUUUGAUCAAUACAGUGCUUGAAGUGGAGAAAAAGAAGUUCCGGUAUACCCCACCCCCCAAAAAAUACUUAAAUACAUUUUCCUAAUUCCCAAUGUAUUGUAUAUAAUGCCAAAAGAAAGAAAGAAAACUGUUUAGAGCAUUUUAAAUAAAAAUAAGCAACAGUUAAUUUGCGAUACCAAACAGGACCACAGGGAGAUGCCAAAAGACCACUAAACCUGCUGCCUUAAAGGGAUAUGCCACCCCAAAAUGAAAAUUUUGUCAUUCGCCCCAUGUCGUUCCAAACCCAUAAAAGCUUAGUUCGUCUUUGGAACACAAUUUAAGAUAUUCUGGAUGAAAACCAAGAGGCUUGUGUAAAAUAGACUGUCAUGGUCCAGAAAAGGAUGAAAAGCAUCGUCAGAGAAUAGUCCAUCUGCCAUCAGUAGUUCAACUGUAUCCGCCAAAAGGAUGCACUGUUUUCUUUCAAAUCAAAUCGUCAGUACAUGUAGAAAGCAUAUCCUUGUGGUGCAGCUGACACAGAAGAGCAUAUGCUGCCUGUGCUCAGUUCAUAUUCUCCGAAAUGGCGCUACGGUAAUGUAGAGAGACACAGAGGAGAAUAAUUGUUGAAUAAAGUCAUUAUUUUUGUUUUAUUUGCUUACAAAAAGUAUUCUUGUCGCUUCAUAACAUUACGGUUGAUCCACUGAUGGCAAAUGAACUAUUCUGAUGAUGCUUUUCAUACUUCUCUGGACCGUGACACUGUUUUUUACUUGGCAGUCUAUGGGAUAGUCACAAGGCUCCCAGUUUUCAUCCAAAAUAUCAUUGUGUUCCAGACACUGAUGCUUUAACUUAGUACUGGCAACAUGUCAGAAAUGUACGACAGUGCGACUAAAAUAUUUGAGUGCUGGUACUGCGUACCGGUGCAUAGCGGCCCACUUCAAGCACUGCAUCUAUGUACAAAUGGUAGAUAAUUUGAAGAAAUAAAAUGUUGAUAAAUGUUCAAAGCUCUUUUUAUUUCAUGCUGUUAGAUAUUCUUCUGGCCUCAAAUAAAUAAUGUACACAAAUGAGUCAAGCCUAACUUACAUUUUGCAGGGGAACAGACAUGGCCUCGAAAAUGAACAAGUCUGUUAGCAUGAAAAAUAAGGUAUACGUUUUUGUAUUAACAUGAAAAUAACAUUCCUUCAACUGCUUAAAGGGAUAGUUCACCCCAAAAUUAGAAUUUAUGUUUAUGUUUAUUUACAUCUAUUUCUUUACAUUACAUUUUUCAUCUGUACCUCUAUGAAUUAGCAGAUUGGCAUCCAGUACUGUUGAAUUUUGGUAAAAACACUGCAUUCAUAAAAAUGUUGCUUGUGGUCUUUGUUGACUAAUUUAAACAAAGCUUACAUUUACAAUGGCACUGCCAUUGAUGGUCAUUAAAAAUUCACGUAUUAAAAAUUCUGUUAAUCCAACAUUCACACUGACAAAGGCAAGCAGAGGUAGCCGUUACAAGCUGUUGUAAGAUGUGUUAAGCACAGACAUUAUAUUGCACUGAAAAGAAAAUGGGAUGGGACAUUGCACCCAUCUAUUUUAGAUUCGCUUCAAAGCCAAACAUUUUGAUUCCAGCACUUUUAACGGGGGGCUGAGGUGAGAGGCUCUACAUGUUCAGGCAGGAGCCCAGCAGAUGGGGUUGCUGAAUGACAGGUGCUGAAUGAUGGCUGACUGUGUCGUUUCAUUCAGCCUCUCUGGCAGAGAACAAAGGGUAAAUCCUUCCUGUGUUCAUAAAAGACAGCACAAGCAUACUGUAGGCUAAAAAACACUGUUAUUUACGAGGUCAGUGACAUUAAUUCUGCAUAAUGUAGCCAGGUUCUUAGCACUCUAGAU